AUAUGGACACAUAUGGAUAAACUUGAUCGUGACAGUGUGACACCCGCUCUUACCGGCCCGUCGGACCCAAGCAACCAGCUCCUUUCACUGACCCGACUUCCCAACUGUCAGAUCCAGACCCGCUGUCCUCCCACCCAACAACUUCUCCACUCACUCUCUUACACACACUUUUGCUUCCAGACACUAUAUACACGCAGACGAAGCAGCAUAGUUUCAUCACUUCCACAUUUGAUCCGUAUUUCCUUGAAGCCUCGCAUCUUAUCUGCUUUCUUGCUUUCCGCUAGUUAAGUCGAAAGUCCUCACUUUGUACACCUUUUUGAGCAAAGAUAAUCUAAAAAACCAUCAUGGAUCAGAACUCAUGGAUUUGGAGGAAAAAAUCCACAGAGAAGACCUUGGUAUCUGACAAACAAAAAAGCAGAAACGACGACGAGGUAACUGAAACUCUUCUGACUGAGAAAGCAGACCUAGAAAAAGAGAUUCGAAUAUUAAAUGACAAGCUUUCUUCUGCCCUUGCUGAGUGUAAUGCCAAGGAUGAAUUUACGAAGAAACAGACGAAAAUUGGACAGGAAGCUAUUGCAGGCUGGGACAAGGCAGAGACAGAAGCAAUAUUUAUGAAACAAGAACUCGAAAAAGUUUUGCAGCAGAAGGCAGCCGCUGAAGAGAGAUUGAGUCACUUGGAUGCUGCACUGAAGGAGUGUAUGCAGCAACUGCGUUUUGUUCGAGAAGAGCAGGAGAGUAGAAUUCAUGAAGCUGUGGUUAAGGCAUCAGAAGAAUUUGAGAAAACAAGGAUUGUGUUAGAUGAAAAGUUAGCUGAGGCAGGUGUGAGGCUCGCCAAAUUAGACAGUGAAAAUACUCAACUCAUGAGGGCUCUCUUGGGAAAGGACAAGGUGAUAGAAGAUCUGAAUAAGCACAGAUCUCAGGUAGAGACCGAUUUUAAUGCCCUUAUGUCAAGAGUAGAAUCUACAGAAAAAGAAAAAGCUUCCCUGAAAUAUGAGGUUCGGGUUCUUGAAAAGGAGCUCGAUAUUCGGAAUGAGGAAAGAGAAUUUAAUCAUCGAACAGCUGAUGUUGCACAUAAGCAACACCUGGAAAGUGCGAAGAAAAUUGCCAAAUUGGAAUCAGAAUGUCAGAGGCUACGUCUCCUUGUCCGACAGCGGUUGCCUGGCCCUGCUGCUGUGGCAAAAAUGAAAAAUGAAGUUGAUAUGCUUGGAAGGAAUCGGCUUGAAACUCGGAGAAGAAAGUCAAAUCCUUCUCUGGCUGGUUCAAUGGACUUCUCUGUAGAUACCUCCCCUGAGACAUUAAGCAGAAGGACCAUGUCCCCGACUGAGCGGUUGCAUGCAAUUGAAGAAGAAAACAGAAUUCUUAAAGAAGCCCUUAAGAAGAAAUCAAAUGAACUUCAAUUUUCUAAAACCGCAUAUGCGCGUAUGGCUUCCAGAUUAUCACAGUUUGGAGAACAACUUGAAGAAUCAUCAAAGGGUCAAACAACUGCAGAACUGGGGAAGCAUAUGCAUUUUGCUCAGGAACUUACUCUGGCAUCAAUGUCUGAUUUGGACAGUGAUGAAAAAACCAGCUGUGCUGAGUCUUGGGCUUCUGCUUUGAUGUCAGAAAUGGAGCAUUUCAAAAAUGAGAAGAAAAUGGGAACACCAUCUCGCAUUGCUGUAGGAACUUCAGACACAAAUCUCAUGGAUGACUUUGCCGAGAUGGAAAAACUAACAGUAGUUUCUGUGGAUUAUCCAGCUGGAGGUUCCCAUCAUUCCUCGGAGGAAAGUAACGUAAUUAGUGGUCCCUCGGGGAGUCCAUCUGAUGGGAAUUCUUCUACUGGACCUGGUAGGAAGAUGGUUCCAGUUUAUGAUGGUAAGUUGGAUCUUUUGGUCUCUAGCAGGAAAAUGCAGUCUGAUAAUGUAGCAGGCCAUAAAGUUCCUGGCUGGCUUGGUGAUGUGCUGAAACAGAUUUUGUUGCAAAGUCAUGAAACACAGAGAAAUCCUGAUGAAGUAUUGCAGGAUGUUAAAAUUGCUUUGGCACACAUCAAUGAUUUAGACCUUACAACUCUUAAUAACAAAGAAAGUACCGAUCCUGAAGCAUUGUGUUCCCCUGAAGUUGGUGGAUGCAUUUUUCAAAAAUUACCAAGUCAGUCUUCAAGCAUUGAAGUGCCUGAUAGAGGAUCUGGAAAUAAUGUAUCAAACACAAAGAAGGAUGCCCAGAAAUUCCACUCUGGUGUGAGAGUAUCGUUAUGUAAUAUUAUCAAACUCGUUGAAGGAAUAAAUAUAUCGACGUUGGCUAAUUCAAAAGCCGGAUCUUUUUGGGGAAAGGAUGAUAAGCUUUUACCAUAUAAAGAUUUAGAAACCCCAUCAGGCUACAUGGUCCGCGUUUUUCAAUGGAAAACAUCUGAACUCUCUGCCAUUUUACAGCAAUUUGUUCAGACUUGCAAUGAUUUGUUGAAUGGAAAAACGGAACUUGAACAGUUUGCCGAACAAGUAGCUACCAACUUAGAAUGGAUCAUGAACCACUGUUUUUCCCUUCAAGACGUUUCAAGCAUGAAGGAUGCAAUCAGAUAUCAUUUUGAUUGUUAUGAAUCACGAAGUGAGAGUGAAGUAGAUAAUGGAUUGAUCAAUUAUUGUGCAGAAUCAAAUAAAAUGUUUCUCCGAAGAGAAGAGAUGCCAUACCCUUCCACAGUUUCUCCUCUGAGUGGUUGUAAGAGUUCAUGUCAAGUAGAGGGACUUCAUCUUAAUCUGAAAGAAGAAUGUAGAAGAUUGACUGUUGAAUUGGCGAACAGAGAAUCUUCAAUUGCGGAUUUGGAAAGAAGGCUUCAAUUAGAAAAUGUAAAGAGUGAAUCCUUCUUGAUUCAACUUCGAGAAACUAGAGACAUGAUUGAGAGUUUGCAAUCAGAGAUGGAAACUAUGAAGGAAUCAAAGGCCAAAACUGAAGAUCAAGUUGAAAAACACAAGAUGAUGAAAGAAGACCUGGAGUCCCAGCUAGAGGAAGCCAAUCUUGAAUUGAACAAAGCUUGCCAAAAGAUUUCAUUUCUAGAAAAUGAGCUAGAAAAGAAAAAUAAUUCUUCUAAAAGACUUGAAGCGACGUGCCAUGAAUUGCAGAUCCAACUAAAAAGCAUGACAAGGAAGGAAGAUCCAGAAGAUGGAAAGCAAAGGGAAAAACAACUCCAGAAUAAUCGGGAGAUUAUGGCAGCUUCCAAGAAAUUGGCAGAAUGCGAGGAAACUAUCCUAAACUUGGGUAAGCAACUGGAGGCACUAGCUUCCAUUAAGGAUGCCGCCCCUUCAGAUAAGGUCAAUUCUACUCCAGCGGAUACCAGCAUGCCAACUCCUAAGAGGAGAAUUAACCAGCGAGAGUCCCUACUAGAUAAAAUGCUGGCCGAGGAUAAUGCUCAAACUGGCAAUGAUAAGUUUCCCGAAAUGAAAGAAGCUGUUCGGGAUGGAACCAAUUGUUCUGUUGUUGGUACCGAUGAAACAACAGAUUCUCUGGUGCAGCUUACUAAUUCCCAUGGAAUUAAUAAUGAAAAAGAUAAAAGUUCUGUUGGCACCUUGGCCAUGGUCCCUUUGAAUAAAAAACAAAGUGUAAGUUUGUUUAAGAAGCUAUUCUGGAGAAAAAGGAAAGGUAACAGCAAGAAAAUACCCUUCUCAUAAGCUGCAGGAGUCGACUGACAGAAUUUAGCCACGGUGAUAUAAUCUGUUGUGAUGCAUGUAGUUUGAUUUGUUGCUUGGGGUGGGAAGUUAUAUUUUUCAUCUGUUAGAGAGAGAGAGAGAGAGGCUUGCAUAUUUUAUUAUACAUCUUGUUGUAUAUACAAUUACAAGAAAGACAACAUACAAUCAAUUAAGAUAGACAUGAAAAUGAGAAAUGAAUAAAUAUAUGAGAUUGUGCAUUUUUCAUUUGAAGUUGCUGGUGGAAACAGCACGCAAGUCAAUCUUUUUGUUGAACAGGCAAGUAUUCUGUUUUUGCCUAGUUACAAGAUGAAUUGUCAAUGAGAUCAACCGAGAUUAUUUACCAUACUUAAUUCUGUAAUCAUAUUUGUAAAAUUGUCUUACCAUAUUUGUAUGAUUCUCUUUACGUGUUUUGUAUAGCUUUAUUCCUAUAUAAUGAAAGCAAUCUUGAACGGGAACAUGAUUUAACCAAAACU